CAGUUGCACAGCGCAAGUCAACGCGUUUGGUACACGACGAGCAGAGAGCGGUGAAAAAAAAAAAAAAAGAAGUCCAAGAAAAUGAUUCGUUGUUGUUGCUGAGCAAAAGGAAUAAACAAGAAAUAUAUACCUCAAGCAGAUGCAGAAAACGAGAGACUGAACCGAGUGCAAAAAACUAAUUUAGGAACCGGAUUUCGCAAGAUCAACAGCAGCGCGAUAAAAAAUCAAAAUUAAAAAAAAAAAAUAAAAUAAAUAAAUGUUUUAAGUGCCAAGACACACUUUAAUCAUACCAAAGAACUAAACGCGACAAAACAACCAAAGACUGCUGCUAAAUAUAAUAAUACAAAUAAUAUUUAAAAAAAUAUAUAAUAAUAUUAAAAACAAUAAUAUUAAAAAUAAUAAUAUUUAAAAAUAAUAAUAUUAAAAAUAAUAAUAGUAAAAAUAAUAAUAAUAAAAAUAAUAAUAAUAAAAAUAAUAAAAUUAUAAAAUAAUAAUAUUAAAAAUAAUAAUAACAUAAAUAACUUUUAACUCUAGCAAAAGUGCAAUACACACACAUACAAACUCUCUAUACACACACACACACACACACACACACACACAUUGUAAACACUCUCCCACGUUUCCCAGUCGCGAGGAAAAAGUGUUAUUGUUAUCAGGAACUGAAACCCCGGCUGAACAUAUAUCCUUUUGAAGUUCUCUGGUGUGUAUGCGGUUUAUUGUGCGGGUGUUUCGUAUUAUAAGACGACGGCCAGGAUUAAGGUCAGCCUUUUGACAGGCGUGCCCACAUAAAUUCACAAUUAUUUGUGGAUCCUCUUUGAAGUGUCUGCCAAUUAAUUCGAAACACGUUUUCCUUGCGUGUGAUCCUUGCUUUCGAUUUCAUCUUUGUUUCGGCAUCUUUAUCAAAAUUGUUGUUAAUGUUAUUAUGAAGUUGGAACAGAAGCGCAAAUUCAUUGAAAUGGAUCCUGAACUUGGCUACGAACCGCCAUCGGCCAAACGCCAACAGCGUUUGGCUGGUGUGGCUUAUGGCAGCGACCAGAGCGAUCGCUCCUCGGUGGCUUCCUCGGUGUACACAUCGCCGGUGACUUCGACGACCAGCGAGACGGCGCUGAAUGCCCAGGAGCUGCUCAGCAUUCGCAGUUCGCCGGCGGAGGAGCUGCCGGAGGCGCCGCACAGUCCGCUGCCCGAUAGCCCAGACAGUCCGCCCAGUCCAGAUCGCGGUGCCAAACAGCUGGCGGGAGUGGUGCCCUAUGGAGCCAUGGAGCAGUCAAAGGCUGAUGUUGAUGUUGACGAGCUGCUGGACGACAGCUGUGAGGAGUACUCCUUCGACGAGGAGGAUGACGACGAGGACGACAACGAUGUGGAAGACGAUGAGGAAAUAAAUUCAUCGAGCUCUUCGCCCGCCUCCUCAACGGUCACCGGUCGCAGUCAAAAUGGUGAACGGACGCCGGCUACUCAGCAGCUGGCGCAUCCGCCGAGCAAUGGCAGCCGUGCCGUCAGCAAGGAUGCGUUGAGCAAAUUUAAUGCUCAAAAGGAUGUCGCCGACCACAACAGCUACAAUUGCAUGUCGCCCGCGGGGGAGAUAACUCUGCGUCAGUGCCCGUUGCCCGCCCUCUCCUGGGCCAACGCUGCAGACGUCUGGAAACUGAUGUGCAAACGGGAUGAAGAGGAUUCGCACCUGCGCAGCAGCAGCAUGCUAGAGCAGCACCCGGGUCUGCAGCCGCGCAUGCGUGCCAUACUGCUCGACUGGCUGAACGAGGUCUGCGAGGUGUAUAAGUUGCAUCGCGAGACCUUCUACCUGGCUGUGGACUAUCUGGAUCGCUAUUUGCAUUCCGGUCGCCAGGUGCAAAAGACCCAUCUGCAGCUGAUUGGCAUCACGUGCCUGUUUGUUGCCGCCAAAGUGGAGGAAAUCUAUCCGCCAAAAAUCAGUGAAUUCGCCUAUGUGACGGAUGGUGCCUGCACUGAGCGGGACAUACUGCAGCAUGAGAAGCUGCUGCUGCUGGCGCUCGGCUGGGACAUUUGCCCCAUCACAGUAACCGCCUGGCUGGGCGUUUAUAUGCAACUCAUCGUUAACAAUCGCACGCCGGCCUCAUUUGGCAAACAGGCGAUAGCCGGCGAGGCAGAUGAUGCCUUCAUCUAUCCACAGUUUAAGGCCUACGAGUUUGUGCAAACGUCGCAGCUGCUCGAUCUGUGCACCCUGGAUGUGGGCAUGGCCAAUUAUCCCUACUCGAUUUUGGCCGCGGCAGCCAUAAGUCAUACAUUCAACCGUGAGACCGCGUUGCGCUGUUCGGGCCUGGAUUGGCAAGCUGUGCAGGCCUGCGCGCGCUGGAUGGAGCCCUUUUUCCAUGUCGUAUCCAAGAAGGCGCCCUAUCUGCAGCUGAAUGAACAGAACGAGCAAGUGACAAAUAAGUUUGGACUGGCCCAUAUCUGCCCGAACAUUACCACCGAUGACUCGCACAUCAUUCAGACGCACACAAUCACAAUGGAUAUGUAUGAUGAACUGCUGUUUGCACAGAAUACAUUGCAUGAGAUGCGUGCUCGCACUCAGGCCUCGCCGGCGACGGCACUGCGCGCUCCAGAGAGUCUGCUAACGCCGCCGGCCUCUAGUCACAAGCCGGAUGAGUAUCUGGGCGAUGAGGAGGACGUGCCAGCAACAGCCACAGCCGCAGCAAUUAAGUCGGCGAGCAGCUCCAGCGUUCGUCAGCCGCUCCAGUCAAUUGGCAGUCACAAGAAUCCUGCGACUUCUGGCGCCGACAACAGCAGCGCCAGCGGGAGCGGAAGCGGAAGCAGUCGCGCCUAGGCGCUCUAAAGGCCUGUCCACUGUCUCUCUCUCAAGCACACACACGCCCGCCCUAACAGAUUUAAAUAUUAAGUGUUUCUAAUACAUAUAUAUAUAUAUAAAUAUCUAAAAAAAAAAAUAUUAUAAAUUAUUUAUGUUAAGUGAAAAGUUAUUAGUUGCCUAAUUCCAAAUGUUUAAAAAAUAUUUAAUUGAAAUUUCAUAAGCGCGCGCUUUUUUGUUUUUUCUCUUUUAAUUUGCACUUUGCUCGCAAAUCGCUGCCCAAACAAAAACAAAACAAAAACAAUGCCUAUUUAAAUUAUGUGUAUCUAUAUAAUAUAAAACAAUAUAUAAUUUUAAUGUUUACAAUAUAGUUUAUAGUCAUGCUUAAAUCCAAGGCAAAAUUGAAUUCAACUUAAGUUUAUAAAUAAUUAUUAUUUCUUGUUUUUGCCAACUUAAAGUUGAGCAGUAUGUAUUUAUUAUAGACUUCAGACUCAGCGUUGGCAUAUUUUAUAAAGAACAAUACACUUUAGGAAAAAGUCUA